AGUAAACACAUCGUGCGCAACCUAUCGCUGGGCGGAUUCAUAGUUUGGGAUGAAUCGAGGAAAGCGCUAUCAAUCGAUUAGAGAUUAACAAUAGAGAAGGUCCCGCCUUUAAUUAAAAUGGGCGGUGUUUGUUCAGAAUUUAAUGUAUAAAUAAAACGAUUUCUGAAGCCUUUGGAAAAAGACAACAGACGCAUUGGUGCUUUAUAGAUAGGAAAAGGGGAAGAAAAGACAAGAUGGAAAAAAAGGGAAAAAAAGACAUGAAAGAGGACAUCAUCACGGCUGAGUGGAGUGAUGUAUCAGACGCAGGAUAUCCAGAACAACAGCUCACUAAUUGGUUGUUUACACCGGAUGGGGGUAAUUUGCAGCCUCCAACAGAGCUAUUCAAGCCCAAAGCUCUUUGCUAUAUCAACCAACAAUUGGGAAGCGGAGCAAUAGAAUUGAUCAUUAAAAUUAUUGUCCAGCAAAAUGGAGUUGCCAACUGCACCCAUGCUCACAUCACAAGCUUGCAAGGCUCCUAUGCCCUGUUGAAUAGUGUGGGGAAUCAAACCGUGAUGACCCCAGUCAUUCCUUUUUGAAAAGUCAUAUGCUAAGCUGACACUACAUAUUUUCCUUGAAAAAGAAAUGGUGGUGACAAAAAACAAUAUGCGAUAUCUUUUCUGUAAUUAAAAAACCCCACUGAAAACGUAAAAUAUGUAUGUUGCAAAAGUAUGAAUAUAAAGCCAAAACUGUA